AUGGCAAGAUUCGGUCAGGCAUUUGCUGUAUCCAUGGGUGCUCUUAUCGGUGGUGCAUUCGGCUUCUAUCUUUUGGAGGAUUACAAGAUCAAGGCCAAGGAGCAACGAUUGGCCAUGUUGUUGGAAAAGAAACGAGAAUACGAGCAGCAGCAACAGCAAGAAAGCAUAUAA